CCCCUCCGAACGUCAUUCUCCCCCGAUCUCCAUAUUUGUAUUGUACGUACUUGCAGGGCUGGCGCGAAAAUAGAUGCGGUUGCCGGCGUGACCUCCGAUGAGUCUAUUGAAGCUGAAGGCGGUGUCUACACCUACCGAUAACGAUAAUGCUUAUGACACUUUGAAGAAGCAAAUUAUCGAUCUUGGAAACGCAAGCGAAGUCAUAUACGUCCGGAGGUUCAUACCCUUGGAUCAGUCAUGGAACUGGUUCGAUUACCUCGAUAAGCAUAUCCCAUGGAACAGACCAACCAUUCACGUCUUUGGAAAAUCUUGCGUUCAGCCUAGAGACACAUGUUACGUUGCAACUCCAGGAUUGACGGAAUUGACUUACAGUGGUCAACCACAUGCUUAUCCUUGGGAUGAUUAUCCGCCACUGAAAGAUAUCUUGGGUGCAGUCCAUAAAGCUCUUCCCGGGAGUCGUUUUAAUAGCUUACUCAUAAAUAGGUAUAAAGGUGGUAAUGACUAUGUUGGUUGGCAUGCGGAUGAUGAGAAGCUGUAUGGUCCAACCCCUGAAAUUGCUUCAGUGUCUUUUGGAUGUGAACGCGAGUUCAUUUUGAAGAAGAAACCAAGUAAAAGAUCCAGAGAUGGAAGUGAUGAACCCGUGAAGAAGCGAUUAAAGAACAAUCAUGGUGAUCAACAUUCAUUUACACUCAAGCAUGGAUCACUGCUGGUGAUGAGAGGUUAUACACAAAGGGAUUGGAUUCAUUCUGUGCCUAAACGAGCAAAAGCAGAAGCUACUCGCAUCAAUCUCACAUUUAGGCGUGUUUUAUGACUGCCUCUGGAAGGUUUUUAGCAGGGACUUUUUGAACACAUGAUCUUAGAAACGAUCCUCUGUAGAAUUUUGUAAACCUGAGCACUGCGAAUGUAAUUUGUAGAGUUUUUUUUUUUUUUUUUUUUAAAUCUGGGUUUCUUGAGGCGAGUAUCACUUGUAACUUUUUUAAAGGAAAAACAAGUAUCCUACUCA